AUGUAUCUAUCUAUCUCUCUAUCUAUCUGCUUUCUUUCGUUUGUCCUUUUCAUUCUUCUUAUUUUACAUACUGACUCUCCUUUCUCAUAUAUGUCAUUACUCAUUCCCUUCUCUCCUUACUCUCUAUUUUUUAUUUCAUGUUCUUUUUUCUUUUCUUUUUUUUCUUUUUUUAAUCCUAUUCUUUUUCCCCUCUCCUCUCGCAUACGCGUAAGACACAGUUCGCAAGUUACCCUCUCCCGUUACUGUAUUGUUCUUCCACCACACAACUCACAUUCUCUCCUCCCCUUCAUUAACGGCUGUUCCAUCCAGUUCUUAUCCCACCCGCCGUCCUUUUCUACUGCAUACUUUUUUGCUGACAUCACCGCAACCAACUCAAAAGCAUCAGCAGCAGCUUUCUCUAAUGAUGUGCUAUUGCGUUUACAUUGCACACUCCCUACUAAAAUAAUUCAUUCUUUUUCCUCGUUUGUCAUGAUUUUUCUUUCCUUUUUGCCAGCCUGUCUUUCACAGUUUUUUUAUUGA